AUGGAAAAAUAAAAAAAUCUAAUUGAUGUAUAAAUAAAAAAUAUUGUUAGCUUACUUUUGAAUAUGGAUAGAGUUAUGAUGAAAAAGGAAGAAAGAAGUAGUGGUUAUAUGAAUACUUGACAGUUUGCUUAAAGGAGGUAAUGAGUUUGAAUGAUGGAUUAGAAAAUGAUGGAAUUAAUGAAGGCUAUGUUUGGAGACUAUUUUAAUAAUAUGUUUCUUCUAGCUAGUUUAAUUUUGAUUUUAGUGGGAAUAACAUAGGAUGAUGACUAAGAAGAUGUUCUAUCGUCGUAAUUAUUGAACAAAUUACAAAUAGACUCAUUUUGUUUAUAGUGUACAUUUUGCCCUUUCUGAUUGAAGUAGGAAUUAGAGCAAUAUAAUUGUUGAUUGAGUAAAAGUAGAAUUAGCAAUGUAUUUUGUAACAAACUCGAAUUGCCUAUACUAGAUUAAAAGGAUUCAAAAGAGAAGACUUAAUAUUUAAUGAAACAUAGAAUUUUUUGAUGAAGGCCCGAUCUUCUUCAAUUAGAAGUAUUUAAUAACUUGAUUCAUAAUAAAAUAUACCUGAUAUUCUACCUGCUUCUAAUGUAGAAGACAUAUUUUACAGUAAUUUAAAAAGAGGAGAUUUUAUACUACUUAGUCGUAAUUAAUAAUGUCCAGGAGACUUAGUAAUAUUAGACAUGAGUGAUAGACAUGGUUAUUUUUAUUCAAAAAGUUAUUUUAAGUAGGCAUUUCUUUAAAGAAAAGAACCUAUGAAAACAACCAAAGUAGAGAUGAAUGCACCUAAUAAAGGAGAUUUAAAUUAUUUGAGAAAAAUAUUAAAAGGGAAAUUAACAUUUAAUAACGAUUACAAUUUUGAGUAAUUUGAAGGUCAUAUAAAAUUAUCUAAAGAUCCAAAGGGAGAACCUAUUUAACCAGAAAAUAUAUUAUUUUUUGGAUAAGCUCUUCAAUUUAGUGAUUGGGUAUUUGGAAUACUUAUAAAUGUUGGAGGAUAAUCAUUAUAUAGUAGGAAAGUUUAAUCCAUAAAAAAAUAAGAAAGAAAAAAAAAUAGAUAUAAAAAUCUCAAUAUAUUAUAAUUUUUCCUUUAUAUGAUAAUGCCCAUAAUUGCAUCAUUAAUCUAAUAUUAUGGAUACUCAUCAGAAUAAUCUUUUAGUCAUAUUUUAUUGCAUUGUUAUUAAUAAUUUCUAGUUAUUUCACCUUCUUAUCUUAGUUUGUUUCUUUAUCUCUUUGAUAUGAUAUUAAUCAUCAAAGAAAAUAAAUAAUUAUAAUCUAAAGAUUGUAAAGAAUUAAUUUUAGAAACAAAGCAACUUGGUAAACAUUAGUGCAUCAAUUAUCCAGUUAAUAUGACAGAAAUUAUGGAUACUACUCAUGUAUUUCUCAAUAUUCAAAUAUUAUCUGAUGCAAAAAUUGAAGCAUUGUGUCAUGGAGAUACUAUUUAUUAAAUUGAUUAAACUUUAAUUCCUGAUUUAGUACUCUCAUAAUCUUAUAAAAAAACUUAGUUCUAUUUCAAUUUAACUAAAUAAGUAAAUGAUUAAAACAUUGAAAUUUUAUAAGAGAAGAUUGAAACUAUAAGUCCUAAUGUUCCUCCUUAAAAAUUAAGUAUAACCUCUCAUUAAUAAUUCAAUUUCAAUCUUGGAAAAGAUAUAGGAUUAAAUAAGAGAACAUUUUUAAAAUAAAAUACUUAAACUCUUCAUUCGCCAAUAUUUAAUAAUUCAAAUAGUGCUAGACAAUCUUUAGAAAUAUAUCAUAGUAUGGAUGGAGGAUUAAUUUAAUCCACUCUAGCUGGAAAUCUUAUAAAUUAAUAAUAACAUUCUUUAAUUAGUUAAGAACCUGAAGAAGAACAAAUUAAAUAAAUCUAAAUUUUUAGGGAAAAUACACUUGUUGAAUUAGGCUUAAUUUAACCUUUUCAAUAUUUUGAAUUAUUUUCUGUUAUAUCUUUAUGUCAUCUAACAAGAAGUGAAUUAAUGACAUUACCUGAGGAUAAUAAACCUUCUUAGAAAAAUUCAAAAUUGGGUUUCUCAGAAAGAGAAAGAAUCAAAAAACCUAAAUUUAGUAUUGAUUAAUACUUUCUAGCAGAAGAUGAAGCUCUAUUAAAAUUAAGCAAAUUAUUUAAGAUUUCCUAUAAAACUUAUGGGUAUAAUAAAUAAGAUUAACUUUGUUAUGUAUUGAAAAUUAAUGAUCUUGAAAUCCCUUAUAUUAUUCAUUAUCGAUUAUAUCAUUAAGGGUUUAUAGAUUAUGAUGAAACAAAAAAUAAUAAAAUGUUUAAAAUACCUUCCAGAUUUAUUGCUAUGAUGAUUCAAGAUGAUAAUUUCUAAAUUAAAGAGUCGAAUUAACUUGUUCUUUUAUGUAGAUUUUGUAUUGUUACCAUUUCUGAUAUUCCUGGAUAUGAAAAAUUUGAUCUAGUCAAAAAAGCAUCACUUUAAAAAUAAAUACAAUAUCUUAUCAAUAGAGGUGAUAUAAUUAUUUGCUUUUUGAAAAUGUCAAUUAAAUAAUAAGAUCUCCAAGAAUCUAAAAGUUUUAUAAUCAAUGACUAUGAAAAAACAAUUUAAUUGAUUGAAUUAUUAUCAGAUAAUUAAUAUGAAAUUGUUGGUCUAUUUGGAAUCUGUUAAAAUGAUAAUCAAGAUUUAAUUAAAGAAUCUUUUAUUACCAAUAGAUCUAGAAUUGUUAUUCAAUCAGAAAAGCCUUAUGAAUUAGUUCUCCCUUUUUGUAUCAAAAAUAAUGUUCUACAUAAUGAAACAAUUACCUAUAAUUUUCAAUCUUCCUCUAGAGAUGAUAUUCUCUAUUAAAUCAGAUAAAUUAUCAGUAGUCUUAAUUAAGAGGAUCCUAAAAGAAGUUCUACUUUAUUAAUACGUAGAAAUGCUUAAAUUCAAACUGAUAGAAUUAAAAUCAAUAAUAAUGCUUUGAUCAUUGAUGGUAAUGUAUUAGAUUUAAUAUUAAAUGACAAAUAUCUAACUAAUCAUUUUGGAUUUAUUAUUCACUUUAAUAAGAUUAUUAUUGUAUAUAAUAUGAAUAACAACCUGAAAGAAAAGUUAUUGAACUUUGUAACCAAAUAUGAUAGUGAAUAUUAUUCAUCAUUUUGUAUCAAUUAUAGUGCAGGAUCUCAUGGUUUAGUAAGAAUGAGUAAUUUCUCUUAUUAAAGGCAUGAUGAAAUUGAAUCUGAUGUUAUGGGUUUUAUUAAUUAAUAUUCAAUAAAUAUUGAUGAAUUAGAGUUAUUUGAUAAUUUAGUAAUUAAAACUGGAUUUUAAAUAUUUUAAAUUAAAGAUGCAACGUAACGUAUAUGUAUUUAAUGGAACUUAUGUUUUGCACUUUUACAAAUGACAUUCUAUUGUUUUCCACAUUACAAUGGUUAAUUGAUUUUUAAAGAUAGAUUAUUAAUAUUAUAAAUAUUAGUGCCAGCCAUUAUUUUAACAUAUGCAAUUAAGACUAUUUUUGUAGAAUAAGAAUACUUAAGUGUGAAAAUAAACACACUCAAGUAGAAAUCACUUGAUUUAAAGAAUAGUCAUAUAGUAUAAUUAUUGUUAGAAACAAUUAUGGAUGUAUUUCUCAUAACAAUUGUACGAUAUAUUUGCUACAUAAAUGACAUUUAAGUAGGGGUUUAUAAUACAAAAGAGGAAAUAGCAAUAUUUUUCAGUUUUAUUUUGAUAAUUCAUCUUUUUAAAUUAGCAUUUUUGUCAAAAGAAUUAUAUUUAGCAUUAUUCUUAUCUUUGAGUACAUUUUUAAUCAUACUAUUGCAUAUUAUAAUAGAAAUGAUAAACUUGGAAUAUGUUAUAUUAAAGGAAUUCUUAUCUUAACCAACAACUAUAAUGUCUUUUUUAAUUUUAAUAUGCAUAAAAUUAGUAAUGAAUUUAUUAGGGUAAUUUAGUAUAUAUUUAUAUAACAACUUUUUGGAAAGAUCUUAAUAAGAUAUUGAUUUUAAUUUGAUAUUGGAAACGAUCACAAAAGAAUUUUAGAAUAUAAAGAAUAUUUAAUAUUUAAUAAAAAAAGUGUUUAAGGAUUCCGAAAUAGAUUUAUCAGUAAAAUAGAUAUUAAAUAAGGGAGACAAUAAGAAUCAAUUAAUUUAACUAAAUAAUUACACAUUAAAUUUUGAAGAGCAGCUAUAUAAUUUAGAAUUCAUUUAAAUGUACAUAUCGAAAUGGAAAUUUAUAGGAGUAUUGACAAAUUUAAGUUAUUUUUUUGGACUAGACAUAUUUUUGUUGAUACAUUAUGGAUUAAGAUUUCAUGAGAUUAAUACAGCAUUAUUUUCAUUAAUGUUAAUAAUGACCUUUUGUUAAGUAUUUCUAAUAAAUUAGUCUUGUUAUCCAAAUUAUAGAAAGUUAAUAAUAUAUUUUGGGUUUUUAUAAACAAUAUUUAGAUUAUUCAUAAUAAGUGUAGAUGUUUAUGAUCAUGAUAAUAGGUAUUCUGCUUUUAUUUUUUACUAUUUAGUAAUAUUUUCAUUAACAUAACAAAUAAAUUAUAAAUAUGUAUUUAUAGUAAUCCAAUAAAUAAUGUCUUUAGUAUGUGGAAUAGUGAUGUUAUAUGCAAAUUAAAAGUAAGAAACGAAAGAUGUGUAUUUAGGUGAAAUAAUAGUAUUAUUUGUGACAUUCAGUAUUAUAUCUCUUUAAUCUCGUUAUUAAGAUGAUGUAACUUAACGUUAAGAUUAUAUAUGUGGAAAGGAAUUAGAGAUUGAAAGAUAAAAGUUUCAAUCAGUAAUGUCUUUGUUGUUGCCUCCAUUUGUUUUAGGUAGAGUUGAUUAAGGAAAUGUCAAUUUUUCUGAGAAUUAAGGUUUGGUUGGUAUAAUUUUUGUAGACAUGUGUAGUUUUGAUAUGAUAGUUAGUGCAGAGGAUUAAAAUAUAGUAUAAUUGAUUGAUAAUAUUUAUCGUCAGUUUGAUUAAAUAUGUUCUUCAACUAAUUGUUAAAAGAUUGAGACUGUUGGAAAAACUUAUAUGGCUUGUUCUGGAUUAUAAUGUGUAGAGAAAUUCUAGCCUAAGGGUCAUCUUAAGAAUCCAAUAGAAAGAUUAGUAGAAUUAGCAUUUGGGAUAUAAUAAGAAAUUACACAUUUUAAAUGGGGACCUAAUCAAAAAAAUUUUGGAUUGAAAAUUGGUAUACAUUAUGGGAGAGUUUUAAUGGGAGUAAUUGGAUCAAUUAAACCAUAAUUUUCUUUAAUUGGAGAUACAGUUAAUACAACCAGUAGAUUAUGUGCUCAUUGUCCAGAAGGCUUAAUUCAAAUAUCACUUCAAGCUUAUGAGUAAAUCAAAAAUGUAAAGUCAAUCAAAUAUACAUAAAAUAAAAUUGAGGCUAAAGGUAAGGGAAUUAUAGAUACUUUUUUGAUUGAAAAGAAAAGGAAUUUUGAAUAGUCAUUCAACAAUAAAUAAAAAAAAACAGAAAUGCCACAUAUAGAUUAAAAAUUAAAAUUUGUCUUAAAUAAUCAACAAUAGCCUUAAAACUCUUUUCGAAAUCCUAAAUAAACAGGAAUUGCUGCAAUUAGAUAAAAAACUAGUAGACAUUUAACAUAUAAAUUAAACCCAUUAAAAUAGGAAGAAAAUUAAUAAUUAAAUCCUCCUUAAAAUAUUUCAUCAUAACAACCAUAAGCUUAGUAGAAUGUAACUUCUCAAUAAUCAAUAAUGAAUUAAAAGACAUCAACUUUGAAUUUUACAGCUAGUUAAUUACAAUUAUUCAGAAAAUAAACAAAAAGAAAUUUACUUGGAAAUUAAAGUAAUUUGGCAUCAUUAAAUUUUAUUGCAUCUCCUCAUGCCUUAAAUUAAAUUUAAUCAAAUAUUAAUACUUUUGCUCCAAGCAAUAAAUUGAUUCAUUAAAAAUCAAUUUUUAGUCAUUAACAAUAAUAGGCUUAAUAAACAUCUUAAGAAAAAAUAGAAAAAUAUUAAUAGUAAUCAUCAAUUCAAACUCCACAUCAUGAUCCUUCUAAUUAGAAUAUCUUAGCAGGUAUUCCAGAUAUACCUUUAGAUUAAUCUUUGAAUGUUUUAGAUACUUCAAUAAAAGAUUAAACUCCAUUUAAUUGUAGAAAAGAUGAUUAAAAAAAGUUUAUUGAUUCUACAAUUAGAAUGAUAAAAUUUAAUGAUAUAGAGUUAUUUAUAAAAUCCAAGCCAGAGGUAUUUAAUAAAACAAUUCCGUUAUUUAAAAUACAAGAGUUUUUUCUUGAAGGUAAAAGUACAACAUUAUAGGAGAGCAACAAUAAUAAUUGGCAUUUGAUAUCAAAAGAGUUUUUAUUUGAGGCAUUUAAAAAUAGUGAUACUGUUGCAUAAUAUUAUGAAAAGGAAUUAGAAAAUGGUAUAAAAAGUGUGAUGAUAUCAUUAUUGCUUUUAUUAAUCAUACAUAUUUUCUUCAUAAUAUUUUCAUAAUUAAAAUAAGUGAAUACACAAUAGGCAGUAAUUAGAGCAUUAGGUUGUUUUUUCAUUUUAAUAGAAAUAUACUUUUUAAAAACACAUUUUUUUGAAUGGAAAAGAAAAAGAUUACUAAAAAUUAUAAUCAUUUAACUUAUAUCUUAAUGUAUAAUUCUUGGUGUGUUCUAUGAUUAAGAUAAAGAUAAAUCAAUACUAUUAUCAAUAGAAUCUAUAAUUACAAGUUGUCUUCUCUUUGCUCAUAAAUGGCUCUAUGUUUAAGAGAAAAUAUUGAUUUGUUCAUUUAUGUUUACAGCUUGGUUGAUAAUUAUAAGUUCAGUAUUUAUAAUAGACAUUUGGGAAGUGUUCUUUUUAUUAAUUUCGAUUGUUUUAUUACUUUAAAGGGAAGUGUUAAGUUAUUUAUUUUCUUAUAAAUAAAUGCUCAAUUAAGAAUAAAUAGAGAUAAAAUAACUAGAUAAAAUGAAUCUUUUAAGUUGUUUAUUACCAAUUCAUGUUUUGAGUAAAUUCUUAGAUGAUUCAACUGGUUCAAGAUAGUUCUCUGAUGUCUAUAAUGAUUGUACAAUUUUAUUUGCUGAUAUUGCUGGAUUUACAAAAUAUUCUUCAAGUGUGUAACCAGAAGAAGUUGUAUCUAUGCUUAAAAAUUUAUUCGAUGAAUUUGAUAAACUGACUUAAGUGCAUAAUGUAUUCAAAUUAUAUACAAUUGGAGAUUGUUAUGUUGUAAUUGGAGUUACUGAUAAUUUUAAAAGAGAUCCAGUUUAAGAAGCAUUUAAUGUUGUUGAAAUGAGUUUGAAUAUGUUAGAGGCCAUCAAUUUAGUUAGAAAUUAAAUUAAUUAUCAUGAUCUUCAUAUGAGGAUUGGUAUUCAUACAGUAUAUUGUUAUUUAAUAUUUUAAGGGUAAUGUUAUAGGUGGAAUCAUUGGUACAGAUAUUAUUAGAUAUGAUGUAUAUGGUAAAGAUAUUCUCAUUGCCAAUAAAAUGGAAAGUAGUUCAGAAGAGGGUAGAGUUUUAAUAUCAGAAACUACUAAAAAGUUAAUAGAAGAUAAUUUUCCUUCAUGUUAUGUUUUCAAUGGAAGAAAAUUAAUUAAUAUUCCUUCAAUCAAUACAACAAUUACUGGUUUCUUUUUAGACACUGCAAUUUGA